UUUGGUUUCGGCGGUAGGCGUAAAAGUAGUUCGUAGCUCCCUCUCACAUUAAAAUUUGUUUAAAAAUAGUAAUAGAUAGAAUAAUUACCUUUUUAUUGUGUGAUCUUAUUCAAAGGGCACUAAUUUAAACCCCAUAACGUUUGCAUCACUUUAUAUGCUGUGAUUACUACUUCACUGCACCUGUCACCGGUUCUCAUCACUCCCUAUCAACUACACGAACAUGUCUUCCUUGGCUGAUGUACACCAAUUGCAGACAACACUGGAAGAGUCCUUACACAAACGCAUGAGUGAGUUUGAAGCACAAUUUAAAAAAUCGGCAUCGGAGCCUACUACACUCGGACACCUAUAUGCCGAGUUCAAGGCUUUCAAGGAGAGUGUUGCCGGAAUUGUACAGCUGCUACGCUCACAAAUUGACGAGCUUUCUCGUGCCACCGAUGCCCUGGAGAUGCGCCAUCGCAGAAAAAGCCUUCUUUUUGGAGGAAUGCCCGAGGACACAAAGGAGGAUGCCCCUACGGUCAUUUGUGACCUACUGAGGGCCCGCUUUAACUUGUCGGACGUGACCACAUCAGCGUUUAAGGCAUGCUAUCGACUUGGAUCCAGCAGAGAAGGCAGGCCACGUCCAAUUCUGGUACAGUUUGCUGAUCACUCAAUAAAAUCCACGGUUUGGAAGAAGAAGACUGUGCUAAAAGGUACUCCCACUGUCAUCUCGGAGUUCCUAACGCGUAGUCGACAGACUCUUUUCAUGGAGGCACGCAAGAGAUUUGGCAUCACGAAGGUCUGGACACUGGACGGCAACAUUUAUGUUAAGUUGGCCGACGGGAAACGCCGCCUGAUAACAUCCAUGGGCGAUCUAGACCUGAUAGCCAACGCAAAGCAUCCUGUUCCAGUAGUGCCCCCCCAACUAGAAAGUCCUCCUGCCCCUGCGCGAGCGGAAAGAUCAAGUAAGCCCACCGGUGUGUCGCUGCGCCCCAAGAAACCCAAGGCUAAGUAGUUGAUACCGGCUGGAAUAACUACCCUCACUGUUUGACUGAAUAAUUGGCUAUGUUUGACCCACUUUUUCUUUUUGAAUCCACAUUAAUCAUAAAUUUUUGAAAACUUGCAUCUACCCAAUAACAUUAACAUCUGUAUUAAUUUUUUUUCCAAAUCUGUCAACUUGUAAAUGUCAAAUGUCUAUCGUCCAGAAAUUGCACUAGUUUUCAUUUGUUUAAUACUUUGGGAUUUGCACUUUGAGCCAAUUAGUUUGUAUUAAUAUUAAUAUUGAUUUUUGGCAUAAUUUUUGGAGGGCUUUGUUUAAUUAUUUUCUUUUUCCUAUUUCCUUUUUGUUCUCUCUUUGCUGUAUUUCCCUUGAAGUGUAAUAUAAAUGUUCUUAUGUAAACCGGCAGGUCAGUGCAGAAAAUAUUAACUUUUUUUGUAUUAUUAUUUAUA